AUGAAUCGCACGGCGUCCAAAGGUCACCGGACGUACACCGCGUCGACCAUCGGUACGGACCUCAGCAUAAAAUACCCGUAUGCGUUUACACACAUGAGUAUAAGUCCAUAUGGGCGUGACGUGGUGCUGGCUGGACAAGCAGGCCUGGCCGUCAUCGACCUGGAGUUCCCUAUGUUUCCACCACGCACAUUGCCAUUGGACUCAAAGUGGAAGAUAGCCGGCGUGGCAUGGUGCCCCAGUGUGCAGUACCACGGGUGGGUAAGCACACCUUUCAGCCAGACGCUCUUGGUGCACGACCUGGCGCACACGACGACGGAUCCGAUGCGGGUUAUUAGAGCGCAUUCGACAGCAAUCACUGACGUGGCUUGGGCGCCCAAGAUCCCGGCGUGGGUCGGCACAUCCUCUAUCGACUCGGUCAUUAAGAUCUGGGACGUGCGGCGCGACCAGAAGCCUGUGUGGUACUUUUCAAAGUGGGAGCCGGCGGAUCUGCUAGCGUUCAACAACGUACAUAUGCACAAGAUGGCGUCGGCGCACCGCAACAAGAUUGCCAUCUGGGAUAUUCGCUACGGCUCGAACCCGCUGAUGAGCAUGGACGACGCGCACGCAGACGACAUUACCAGCAUAUCGUGGCAUCCCGAGCGCGAGGAUCUUAUUGUGUCUGCAGGUCUGGACCGCACAGUCAAGCGGUGGAAUUUCAAAUACAGCAGCCCGACUGAGGAUUACAGUCAUACGUUUGCGCAUGACGUUGUCAGCGCAAAGUACCUGCCAUUCGGCGACGGUAUCCUGGUCACACAAAAAUCGCCGGACAAUAUUGUGCUCGUCAUCAAGGACAGCCCACAGAUGACGCUAGUUCAUGAGUUUUUCGGACAUACCGGCACCGUGCUGGCCUCGGAAUGGCGCGUAUACGGCAAGACAAAUGCCGACAACAGCGCAGACUCACGUGAUUACCAACUUGUGACGUGGGGCCGGGACCAGGUCAUGCGCAUGUGGGCGGCGAACGUCAGGUUGGUCGAGUCCGUCGGUGGCGAUGUCGGCCGUGUCGCGCAGGACGCGCAGGAACUGGCGCCAUCGUUUGCAACCAAUUUUCUCGGGCCCGACAAACUCCUGCACUUGUUCGAGCAGAAGACGCUGCCCAGUGAGCUGAUGCUGGCGGCGGCGGGUGAGCUUGGCUCGCAGAAGAUUACCACGAUGCACGAGUUUGACCGCACAGGCAAUGUGUUUGGAAGCAUCUGGCCAGCUGACAGCUCGGCCGCGCCCAAAGAGACGGUACUCUCUGCUCAGAGCCAGCUCACAGAUGACACUGCUGCCGCCGCCACACGCGCUAGCACCACCGAUGAUCACAGCAGCGACGAUGACGACGACGACUCUGACCACCCCAGUGCCGCCAGCGCGAGCGGCCGGCAUGGAGGGGCAGCGUCGAAGUGGCGCGAAGAGGUGAGCGUGGUUGUCAACAAAAGGUACUCCGACCCAAAGACAAUUACUCUGAAGGACCUCACACCUAGAACGAGACAGUGUCGACUAACCGUUGGUGUUCCUUGGAUCACACGAGAGACUGUGGUUCUGUGUGUGACCUUUCCCGCACAUUAUCCAUCGUUCCCGGCGGACUUUCGCGUCGAGUCGGUGGGUGCCGUGUUUGGCAGCCGCAAGAGUAUCGCGGACCACCUUGCUUCUAAGGCCAACCUGUGCUCGGAACAGGGCGUUGGUUCUUUAGACCACUGUCUGUACUCGUUGCUCAAGCUUUUAGUUCCUAGAGCGCGGGCCAAAGGCGCCUCGCACAGCGGCCGGAGCAGUAACAUCAAGGCCGAGGACCUUGAGAGGCUCCCGCCACCGCCGCCCAAGCUUUUGUGGGAGACACUCGAUGGCCGAGCGGGACGACGUGAGGUGGCCAACAGUGGUGCGGCGUUGGGACAGGCACCGGGCAAGGUGAGCUAUGCCGCCGCCGCUGCGAAAGCCAACAAUCCACUGAGUCGCUCGCGGAGCCGCUCACUGAAGCUCGAUGGCGGCGAUGCAAGCACGCAGCGCGCAGAUCCCAGAAGCCUGACUUCAGAAGACAACGUGUCCGUGCUGUCGCACGACGGCGAGGAUUACUUAAAUAGCGAUGAUGGGCGCCACGGUCACGAUUAUUUUGCCAAGGAAGACGGCAACAGUAGCAGCGGCGGUGGUGGCGGCAGCAGCAGCCAGGGUUCUGAGGAUGACGAUGACGAGGAUUUUGACGCACUGGCCUACGACAAUAACAUCAGCGAGGACCUGUACGACUCUGACAUCAGCCAGUCCGAUAUGCCUAUCGGUCUCGAUGGUUUGCCGCUCAUUAUGCGGAAUGGAAACAACCCCGAGCGUUUCAAUGCGAAAAUACCGUUUCCCAGGAUGUGCGGCGGUGUUUUCUCGGGACCCGGCAAGCUCGUCUGUUUUUUUGCCUCGAUGUACAAGCCGGACACGUAUCCGGAGCAGAGUGACUCUGGGCAGCAGGGUAAUCCGAGCCGCGAAAAGACGCGUGAGGACAUGUGUCAGCAGCUGCGUAUCAUCCCCAAGCCGCGCAACUUGGUAAAGCUCGACUACUACCAGAGCAUGGUGAUGUUUGGACUGCAGAACAAGGGCACGUAUUACGCUUACGGCGGGAAUGGGGGUGCGGGAAUCACUGACGAGCCCACGCGCAUGUUCAGAAGAAACAACGGUAGCGGUCAGGGCGGCAGAAGCAGUAGCCUGAGUGGGUUUGGCGAGUCGGACGAUGACGGAGAGGCGCGUGACGAGGAGGUACCUCGAUUCUACUUCCGCAAGCAGAUCAGCCACAACCCGUUUGCAGAUAGCGACAGCGAAGGAUCCGAUGCGCACAGCACGUACUUUAGGUCUGCGACGAUGCCGCGCAUCGAGACUGGCGUGGGAAACAUUGCGCUGCUGUGCGAGGUUUCUGAAGAUCGCUCGGCGAACCUCAACCUGGCCAAGCUAUUUGAGCUGAGAGGGACCACCGAGGAUAUAUGCAAGCACAACGCCAGCGUGGCCGCGCUGAACGAGCGUCACAGUUUGGCGCACAUUUGGUCGAUGCUCGCUUGUCUUUUGGGCUCUCCCACGGGUGACAAGGCCGAUUGUGGCGUCGACAGGCUAUGGAUAACGCAUCCUCCGGUUCUUGAGUGGAUUCGCUCGGCCAUGAUUCAUUACGAGCGGCGCGGCGACGUGCAGACGCUGGCACUGCUUUCGUGCGUGCUAAGCAGGGCGCUGGCCGAGGUGGCCGCGAGUGCAGGGCGCGGCAGUGCCUCGGAGGACACGCAGCAUGGCUUGGAUGGUGAUGACGGCGAGUAUGGUGAGGCGAAUGUUAUUUCCGAUAAUAUCGGUCUGGCUGACCUGCCACCGUGGAUGGCAACGGCCAGUGGUAAUGGCAGGGCCGGGUUUUGGCGCGCAUCUGCAGCGCGGCGUAAGUGCCAGGGUGGUGUGGGCUGGGACAUCCUUGGGUCGACUGCCGCGGAGGCCGUGGCGACGACAACGCAGCAGAUGAGGACGGCCAGCCGAGGCGACCGCAACCCUUUACUCUCGACAUUGCCCUUGGUUGCGGCUCAACAGAGCGGCGGCGGCAAUAGCGGCAGCAUCGGCGGGCAGCACGACGUAGCGUUUGUGGUGCCACCGCCACCAGCAGCAGCAGUCGCAGCGGCCGCAGUGGCUGCCGCUGCGACUGCUGUGGCUGCUAUUGCUGCUGUUGACAACUCGGCGCCGUCGAUUGCCUCAACCACUGUCGACACGGUAGGGGGAAGGGCAGCGGCAGCAAUUCCCGAGACGCUGAAUAUUGCGGCUGUCGAGUCUUUGCUGGGGCGUCGGAUAACCAGCGGCGAGGAGAUUCAGCGACUCAGUGUGUUUCUUGCGAGCAAUCAACUGGUGCCAACUGCGUCUCAGACGAGCGAGAUGCCAGCGUUGCCGCUUUCAGGCGGCAAUGGGAUCGGCGGGACCAUGGCGGAACCGAUGUCACCCGAGCUUCUGCAGGAGCUGAACAGCGAGGAGAUCAUGCAAAACGAGAUCAUGAUGGCUGAGGGCUUGUACGACCACGACCACGAACACGAACACGAGACACCGCCUACACACGAGCACACAUCCGAUACAGAGGAGCUGACGACAGGGAGCAACGAGCUACACCGCACAAUAUCGGAGUUCCAUGUAGGAAAUGGCGGCACAGCUCUGGACCAGCGACGCAACUCGUCGGAGCAGCCGAAUGAGCGCAACUCGGCUGGGCCCGAUGGAUCGGAGAAUUUGUGGAAUCGACUGCGCAUCAAUGUGCUCGGACGCGUGCAUCCCACGGCAGGAGUCGGGAAGUCUGGCUCGCUGGAGGCGCCCAUGUCGCCGUCACCGCCGCCGCCAGUCUCGGCAGCGGAUAAGAAGCAGCGCAAGCAGUCGGGGGCAGCGACAAAGACCAAGGGCAAUGUUGACAACGAGGCAAAGGGUAAGGCGGCAAGUGCUGAUGAUUCAGCCAAACAGCAGAAGAAGCAACAAGAGGAGUGGAUGAUGCUGCGCAGGUGGGCGCCAUUGCUGAGCGGCAAGAGGAUCACGGAGGCACAGGCGAUGGCCAAGGAACUGUCUUACCUGCGUGUGAAGCGCGACUUUGAGCGUGCGCGCACACGACUGGUAAUGCGCGAUCGCAGCGAGUGGGAUGACGUGAGCGAGCUGGUAUCUGGCAGCAAAUUUCGCUCGCAUUCGGCGUACCUGGAUCAUUGGAAGAUUCUCUAUGCACGGAUACUGUACAAGUGGCAGUUAAACAUCAAGGCCGUCGAGGUGCUGAAGUGCGUGCAGGAUUCGAGUUUGCGCGAGCUGUACAACCAGAUGUACUGCCAGCCGACCAUGCCCAUGCACGACAAUCUACCACGCAUCAGAAAUCCGGCACUGGCCGACCAACGCAAGAAGAGUCAUGUUUGUGCGGUGGCUGUCGGUGUCAAUGUCGAUGUUCAAGUCAGUAUCGAGAAAGCACCGAGCAAGUGCGGCGCGGAGUCAACCAGCACUGGUGUGGUGGCUGAGGUAUGUGGUGCGCCAUGGCUGUCCUGCUCAUGGUGCCAUGAGUACGUCCACGGCCGCGCGCUGAUUUGCCAUGCGUGUGGCCACGGUGGUCACCAUGAGCAUAUGCAGAAGUGGUUCAGGAUUGUGCGCAAGCAGCUCAUGCGCACGGGCCUCACGCCCGCUCAUUUCACGUGCCCUGACACUGCGAACGGCAGCAACAGCAGCAGCUCGAGCAACCUGCGCCGUGACCUGAGCAUCAUUGGAAUCGACAACCGCACUGUUAUACAACCCGGAGGGGCUUCCAUUGACACUGGCGCCGAUGUCGAUGCUUCUAAGGAUGCGCAGCUCGAUCUGGCUGCGGCUGCCCACGACUACAUGUCCUCCUAUGCAAACAGCCCGGUUAUUUUGACGUCCAGCCGCAGCGGAGACGCCGGAUCUGCAGUGCCGAUCCCGCCGCUGACCAUCCCGUCGCCUGGCACACCACUUGCUGACUAUGAUGCCGGUUGUAAUGACAAUUGCAACAGCGGGAGUUGUAGCAACAGUGGUAGCAGUAGCAGCAGCAGUAGCAGCAGCGAUGACUUUACGGACGGUCUUGCGCUGUACACCUCGUCUGACUUGGUGGGCACCAAUCAUUUUUCUUUCGAUACAAAUUCGGACGGCAUUGUGGCGGGCGCCCACCACAGCCUCGAGUCUGGUGAGGGCGAGUCCGACGAUCACUUACAUCCACCACAUAAGUUUUCGCUAGGGAUAGGAUCUGGGGACGUUGCAUCACAGCAGCGCAUCUCCAAGCAGAGGCAGCGCCAGCAGCUAAUGGCGCAGCUCAAGCAGCGGGGGCUGGACGACAACGAACAGGCUGAUGGGCUUACAAGGCAAGGAGAUAUCCCCACUUGUCCCAGCGGAUGUGGGUGCAACUGCCUGUACGAGUCACAGCGUCUUAUUAUUUUGUAG